AUGCAGCAAGACGAUGCGCCAAUGUGCUUGCUGGGGGUGGGCAGUCACUUUCCUGUGACCGCCAUGCGUGCAAUGAGGGGAGGCCUGAAUACUACUUCUUGCAAGGUGGCUUUUGUGGUCUCCGUCUUCUGCUCGCACGUUGGAUGGCUUUCACGAACACCGUCUGGAGUAAGACCCUUCAACAAGUGUUGCUGCCGUCAUCCAAUAUCACUGCAUCUGGCUCCGACGUGGAUCAGAUUACUUCUUCCAUCUUCUUCCGCAAGUGUUGCUGAUUCCGCAGCUGAUCGGCAUGUUUCUAGAGUCCUCGAGCUGCAGCGUCAACAACUGACACCGGACACGGACACUUGGGUACCGGCAGGUAUCUCCUCCCAUGUGGAAGAGCCCACUGCUUUUGGCCGCAACCUGGGCACGCUCUCGAUGCUGUCACCGGUGCAGAUGACGCUGACUCCUGCAGAGGAGGAUCUGCACGGACGGGACGGCUUGGAUCAUGGGAACUGGGUGAAGAUCCUUCUCGAGCCGAGAAGCUUCCUCCUGCUCCAAGGCGAAAGCCGUUACGAAUAUCGUCAUGGCAUUCGUCGCUCAAAGCUCGUUCAACUGGGCGAUGGCCAAAUCCUGCGAAGAGAAGCAGGUUAUCGUCGCGUGUCCCUCACCUUUCGAGAACUACUCCAGAGCCGCAGACAGCUGAGCGACACUGAUACUGACAGCAACGAGAUCGGGUCACCGCUUGACAUGAGUCUUGAGCACGAGGGGUACCUGGCAGCGCUGAACUCCGUCUUGCAUCAGCGCUAUGCCCAGGGCUUUCUUGUCCUCCAGACCCAGCGAGAUGCCCUCAUGUUCACUAGUGCGUGGUCAGCCACAGCAGGCACAAAGUUGCCGCGACCGGAAGAGGUGCCGGCCUUCGUGAUCCCCCGGACUGCGGAGGACAGACUCCAAGUGCAGGCUGAGGCAGCUGCGCUCGCUUUGCUUCGUGGCACCCUGGGCGAGGCAUGUGCGGCGAAGGGCAACAAGCGAAAGGCCGCGAACCUUCUGGAACAGGCGGAGGGCGUCAGUGAUGGUCUGCAACUUGUCUCGCGACAGAAGCUUUUGGCAACCAAGCAGCGGCUCUUGGCCGGCAACGCAGAAGCGGCUCGCGCGGGGGUCGUGCAGGCCGAGCCCGGAGCUUGGGCCGCCAUGCAGGCGGAGAAGGCUGAGAAAGCCGAAGCCGAGCACGGGAACGGCAGGGGGCAAAAAGGGAAAGCAAAGGGCAAGGGCGGAAAGGGAAAGGUAAAGGGAAAGGAGCCGGGCAAGGGCAAGGGCACCAAUGUGAAAGGGAAGGGCCAGGGCCAGGCCAGCAAGAAAGUGCCCGUCGUGCGCGAGGACCUGGUGCGACUGAAUCGCGAGAUUGCGUCCCACGCGCAGCUGCGAGAUCUCCCGGCCGUCCACACAACGCUGAGAGAUCUUGAGGAAAAGGGCUGGGCCAACGGCCAUACCUAUGCCGCUGCUGUGCAUGCGCUAUGCCGCUGCGGCGACUGGCAGAGCGCUGAAGCUGCGUUGGGCCGCGCCGAGGAGGCAGGCCUCUUCCGACGCGGGGCGGGCGCGGCAUCCGGGCUCAUCACGCGCACUUCGAUGCUGCGUGGCUAUGUCGAGUGCGCACGGGACCUGGGCAAAGCCCGGAGUCUGCUGGAGCGCAUGGAAAAGGAGAAAUGCUUGGCUGGACGGCCGAACGUCCGCACCGCCAACACCUUUCUCCGUGGCUGCUUGGUUCUGGGAUCCGUGUCCGACGCAGAGGCUGUGCUUCAGCGCAUGCAGACAGUCUGGGCAGCGCAGGAUGAUUGGCGUGACCAACACGGUGGCAGACCCGAUGCCUCCACGUACGAGAUUCUCGUGACCCUGCUUUGCCAGGCUCUGAAGCCUGGUCGGGCCCGGAAACUGGCUGCCGAGGCCGUUGAGAAGUUGGGCGUAAGCCCCGGCUGUGCCGCCAUGUUUGUGGCCGCAGCGAGGGCGGCCCUCAUCUCAGGAGACGCCGCAGCGGCCGCCGCUGCUGUCAAGCGCGCGCGGAAGACCCUCGCGCGGGAGGGUGAGUUCUCUGAAAAGAAGCUCUCCAACUUGGCCGGCAGCGGUGGCAAGCGCGGCACGAAGAAGUGGAUCUCGGACGGUGCCGAGAGCGAUGCGCGGGCACGGAGUCUCGAGGUAUUCCAGGACCAUCGACAAAGGGAGAUCCUGGCUGACCUGAAGGAAAUCGAGGCCUUGCUGCCCUCGGAGCCUGGUAAUGCCAAGGUACCUGCAAUCGACCUCCCAAAGCUCUUCAUGCGAACUCUCUGCUUCGAGGACUACGGGGACAGCCAGGCGGCCGCCGCAAGCGAAUCGCUCGCGCAGGCCUUGCACCGCCGCCUGUGUGAGAAGUUGGGCUUGGAGAACGGGACCGAUGCUGCUGAGACGGUGCGGCAGAAGUUCCGCGCUCUCACGAAGUGCAAAGGCUCCAAGAAACGGAAAGCAGCUGCGGAAGGGACGGAGGCCACCGCUGGACUCAAAGCUCGGAUCGAUUUGCGUGGCCUUUUCGCCGAGAUUGGUGAGGAUUUCACACAGACGGUGCACUUGGAACUCUGCAGCGGUUCCGGAGAAUGGCUUUGCUCACAGGCCUUGCGCGACACCUCGGUGAACUGGGUCGCCUGCGAGCUGCGCUUCGACCGCGCUGCGCGGUGCUUCCAGAGGUUCGCGCUUCGCGGCUUAGCCGCUGAAGGAAACGCCGGGCUCCUCGUGGGCGACGCCAAAGCCACCCUCGAGGCCCACCUGGUGCCUGGUUGUGUGGCACGGCUCUUCAUUAACCAUCCAGAGCCCCCGCACCAGACCGAUCUCGAACGGGCAGCGCAGAGUGGCGAGGCUCGAGAGGCCGGCAGUGGGACGGAAUCCACCCACCUUCUCACCCUGGCCUUCUUGCGAGAUGCCUGCGCCGCAGUGCUGGCUCCUGAGGGCACACUGACGGUCUGCACCGACAACCUCGCCUAUGGCCAGUGGCUGCUGAAGGCCUUUGCUUCGGAGCCCUUGAGGGAGCUCUUCCAGGAGGCUCUGAAGGGCAAGGGCUUCAAAGAAGGACUCGUGGCUGAGGAGAAGGGCUUCAAGCUGCGAAGCCAGCCUCCUCCGUGCGAGGUGGCCGGAGCACUGUACAAGGGAAGCGACGGUGGCUCUUACUUCCAGCGGCUGAAGUGA